AUGAUGCGAUUCCAAUGUUCGCAGCUUGUGUUCGAUCGCAUCGAUCCUCUUGUCCAACCAGGUUCUACCCCCUCCGCACACAUGCACCAGAUUGUUGGCGGUAACUCGUUCAAUGCGACCAUGAAGCCGAUCGAUUACGAUCCAGCGGUUCAGUCGACCUGCACAACCUGCGAUUACUCUGAAGACUUUAGCAACUACUGGACGGCAAAUCUUUACUUCAAGGCUCGCAACGGAUCGUUCAAACGUGUGCCGCAAUAUGUCAAUCUGGGCCUCCAAGGACGUGAGGGUGUCACUGUGUACUAUAUCCCGCCGUAUGAUGGGAAGACUAAAGUGACCGCUUUCCCAAAGGGCUUCCGCAUGCUAGUCGGAGACGCAGGCCUGCGCACCAGACAGGGCCAGCAGAAGCAGCUUUGCCAUCGCUGCGUUCCCAACUUCAAGCAAGAUCCUUUCGGUGGCGCUCCCUGCACGGGAGACGAUACAUAUGACCUGCCGAAGAAGAUGUGCGGAGGCGGCAUUCGUACUACGAUAACUUUCCCAACUUGCUGGGAUGGCAAGAACCUGGAUAGUCCUAACCAUAAAGAACAUGUAGCCUAUCCUGCAUCCGGAUCAUUCGAGAGCACCGGUCCUUGCCCUGCUAGCCAUCCUGUCCGCCUUCCUCAGCUUAUGUAUGAAGUUAUGUGGAAUACGACGCAAUUUAACGAUAAAAAUCUGUGGCCUGAAGACGGAUCCCAGCCUUUUGUAUACUCCAUGGGAGACGGCACUGGCUACGGGCAGCAUGGUGACUAUCUUUUUGGCUGGAAAGACGGUGUUCUCCAGAAGGCACUCGAUGCCCGCUGCUCCGGAAACAGGUGCAGCCAGCUGAAGACGCAAACCCCAGCUCAGGCUAUGAAGUGCGCCAAGAGUCAAGCUGUCCGCGAGCCGUACGAUGGAUGGCUUGAUGAGCUUCCUGGAGGCAUGCCGGUGACCUACUCUUGA